GGAACACAUUUUUACAUGACAAAUCGAAUUGGCUUGAUCAUACGGUAAAGUCAUGAAAGGUGUUUUUGUUAUAACUUUGCUCUUUGCUUACGCUUUGGGUGCACCUCAUUGGGAAUCAGACUUAUCGUGGGCUAAAGAUUUAAAAAAUGGAAAAAAACGGAAUUACGAAGAAAUAGGAGAGAAUCUUAAUGACGAAUUUCAAAAGAAGUUGGAAGAUUUAAAGAAUCGUUUUUCUAAGGAUGAUACGGAUUCAAAGGACGAUCAAGAUCUUAAUAAGGAAUAUUCGGUAUUAGAUCAUCUGCCGGAUGAAAUAUCGAAUCGAUUGAAACAUAUAGAAAACGUUUACAAGUAUGAAAAACAACAAUCUAAAAAGGAGGAUGAUGAUUCUUCGAAUUCAUCAAAUUCUUCGGAUUCAUCAGAUUCUUCGGAUUCAUCAGAUUCUUCGGAUUCAUCAGAUUCUUCGGAUUCGUCAAAUUCAUCGAGGGCUUCUAGCUCUUCCAAUUCUUUGAGUUCAAAUUCUUCUCAAUUGAAAUCGAAGGAAAAGAACAAAAACAAGUCUAAGGAAGAUAAACAUUCAAAAAAAUCAAAGACCAAUAAAUCUAAUGAAGAUCAAGACAAGAAAGAGAAUAAGAAGAAAAAGAAAGAGAACAAGAACAGAGAAAGAGAAGAGAACAAGCAUAGUAAAUAUGAUAAUUCUAAAUCCAGUGGUGAAGCGAAAUUAAAUGGAUCAUUGAAUAAAAUACAAAAUUGGAAUCAUGUAAUAUCUGAAAAAUUGUCCGAUGACGUAUUCAUUGAACGAAAUUUAGAAGUAUUGAAGCAACUUUUAUCAUCAUUGAAGGAGAAAUUAAAUGAGAAGGAAACUAACAAGGAGCAGGAUAAGACAUCCUCAUCUAAGAGUGAAGAGAACAGUAUAAAUUGUGAUAAAAAUCUUAAUAAUACUGAGGAUGCAUCAAUUAAGAAUAGAUGGAAUGAAGUAAAGUCAACGAAUAUCAAAACUUUAAUAGAAAAAAAAUUGUGUAAUCGUAUGGAGUUUUUAAGAUGUACGAAUACUCGGAAGAUGUUAAUUGUUCAAACAUUAAAAAGACUUCAAGAUCGUAUUGAGCAUAAAUAUGGUAAUACCAUGCUGAAAGACUUGCCAACAAAUAUAAGGAUUGCAAUAAAUGCUAUUUAUGACAUAAUAACUACCAAAUUACAGUCUUAUCGUUCAAAUUCAUUCUUAAACUUGAAUUCAUAUACUGGAGGAGUUCCAGAAGUCACAGGUAACGAGCAGGGUUUACCGUUUUAUUCUAAUGGCCAUUUAAAAGGUCUGGAAACAGCGGCUAAUGGUAAAGAAAAUUCCAAAAGAAUACCAUGGUAUAACCCGUUUUAUGGAAUAGGUCCAGUUAUUCAGGGUUUACCGUUUUAUUCUAAUAGCCGUCUAAAAGGUCUGGAAAGAGCGUCUAAUGAUACUAAUAAUUCUAAAAGAAUACCAUGGUAUAAUCCGUUUUAUGGGAUAGGUCCAGUUAUAAUCCAAAACUCAACGCACGCUACAUCAAACAAAUCAGAUUGGCCAGUAGUAUUUGAAAAAACAGAUUUGUCAGUUGUAUCAGGUAAACCACAAUUACAAAUAUCAUCUGAUAAAUCAGACUUGCCAAUUACUUCAGAGAGACGAGACUGGACAGUAAUCUCAGAAAAACCAGAUUUGCCAGUUAUAUUAAACAAACCAGAUUCGCCAGUUACAUCAGAUAAACCACAAUUACCAAUAUCAUCUGAAAAACUAGAUUUAACAAUUACUCCAGAGAAACCAGACUGGCCAGUAGCAUCAGAAAAACCAGAUUUGCCUAUGUCAUCACUCAAACCAGAUUUGCCAACUGUAUCAAACAAACCAAACUGGCCACUUACUUCAGACAAACCACAAUUACCAAUAUCAUCAGAUAAACCGGACUUACCAAUUACUUCAGAGAAACCAGACUGGACAGCAGCUUCAGACAAACCAGAUUUGCCUGUUUCAUCAUUCAAACCAGAUCUAACAACUGUAUCAAACAAACCAGAAUGGCCAGUAACAUCAGAUAAACCACAAUUACCGAUAUCAUCAGAUAAACCAGAUUUGCUAAUUACUUCAGAGAAACCAGAUUUACUUGUUUCAUCACUCAAACCAGAUUUGUCAGUAGUAUCAAACAAACCACAGGUGCCAAAUACAUCAGAUGAACCACAAUUACCAAUAUGGUCUGAUAAACCAGACUUGUCAAUUACUUCAGAGAGACCAGAUUGGACAGCAGUUUCAGACAAACCAGAUUUACCUGUUUCAUCACUCAAAUCAGAUUUGCCAACUGUAUCAAACAAACCAAACUGGCCAGUUACAUCAGAUAAAUCACAAUCACCAAUAUCAUCAGAUAAACCAGAUUUGCCAAUUACUUCAGAGAAACCAGAUUGGACAGCAGCCUCAGGCAAACCAGAUUUGCCUGUGUCAUCACACAAACCAGAUUUGCCAACUGUAUCAAACAAACCAAACUGGCCAGUUACAUCAGAUAAACCACAAUCACCAAUAUCAUCAGAUAAACCAGAUUUGCCAAUUACUUCAGAGAAACCAGAUUGGACAGCAGCCUCAGACAAAUCAGAUGUGCCUGUGUCAUCACUCAAACCAGAUUUGCCAACUGUAUCAAACAAACCAGACUGGCCAGUAACAUCAGAUAAACCACAAUUACCGAUAUCAUCAGAUAAACCAGACUUGCCAAUUACUUCAGAGAAACCAGAUUGGACAGCAGCCUCAGACAAACCAGAUUUGCCUGUUUCAUCACUCAAACCAGAUUUUCCAACUGUAUCAAACAAACCAGACUGGCCGAUUACUUCAGAUAAACCACAAUCUCCAAUAUCAUCAGAUAAACCAGACUUGCCAAUUACUUCAGAGAAACCAGAUUGGACAGCAGCCUCAGACAAAUCAGAUUUCCCUGUGUCAUCACUCAAACCAGAUUUGCCAGCUGUAUCAAACAAACCAGACUGGCCAGUAACAUCAGAUAAACCACAAUUACCGAUAUCAUCAGAUAAACCAGACUUGCCAAAUACUUCAGAGAAACCAGAUUGGACAGCAGCCUCAGACAAACCAGAUGUGCCUGUGUCAUCACUCAAACCAGAUUUGCCAACUGUAUCAAACAAACCAGACUGGCCAGUAACAUCAGAUAAACCACAAUUACCGAUAUCAUCAGAUAAACCAGACUUGCCAAUUACUUCAGAGAAACCAGAUUGGACAGCAGCCUCAGACAAACCAGAUUUGCCUGUUUCAUCACUCAAACCAGAUUUUCCAACUGUAUCAAACAAACCAGACUGGCCGAUUACUUCAGAUAAACCACAAUCUCCAAUAUCAUCAGAUAAACCAGACUUGCCAAUUACUUCAGAGAAACCAGAUUGGAUAGCAGCCUCAGACAAAUCAGAUUUCCCUGUGUCAUCACUCAAACCAGAUUUGCCAGCUGUAUCAAACAAACCAGACUGGCCAAUUACAUCAGAUAAACCACAAUCUCCAAUAUCAUCAGAUAAACCAGACUUGCCAAUUACUUCAGAGAAACCAGAUUGGACAGCAGCCUCAGACAAACCAGAUUUCCCUGUGUCAUCACUCAAACCAGAUUUUCCAACUGUAUCAAACAAACCAGACUGGCCGAUUACUUCAGAUAAACCACAAUCUCCAAUAUCAUCAGAUAAACCAGACUUGCCAAUUACUUCAGAGAAACCAGAUUGGACAGCAGCCUCAGACAAAUCAGAUUUCCCUGUGUCAUCACUCAAACCAGAUUUGCCAGCUGUAUCAAACAAACCAGACUGGCCAAUUACAUCAGAUAAACCACAAUCUCCAAUAUCAUCAGAUAAACCAGACUUGCCAAUUACUUCAGAGAAACCAGAUUGGACAGCAGCCUCAGACAAACCAGAUUUGCCUGUUUCAUCACUCAAACCAGAUUUGCCAACUGUAUCAAACAAACCAGACUGGCCAAUUACAUCAGAUAAACCACAAUCUCCAAUAUCAUCAGAUAAACCAGACUUGCCAAUUACUUCAGAGAAACCAGAUUGGACAGCAGCCUCAGACAAACCAGAUUUGCCUGUUUCAUCACUCAUACCAGAUUUUCCAACUGUAUCAAACAAACCAGACUGGCCGAUUACUUCAGAUAAACCACAAUCUCCAAUAUCAUCAGAUAAACCAGACUUGCCAAUUACUUCAGAGAAACCAGAUUGGACAGCAGCCUCAGGCAAAUCAGAUUUCCCUGUGUCAUCACUCAAACCAGAUUUUCCAACUGUAUCAAACAAACCAGACUGGCCGAUUACUUCAGAUAAACCACAAUCUCCAAUAUCAUCAGAUAAACCAGACUUGCCAAUUACUUCAGAGAAACCAGAUUGGACAGCAGCCUCAGACAAACCAGAUUUGCCUGUUUCAUCACUCAAACCAGAUUUGCCAACUGUAUCAAACAAACCAGACUGGCCAGUAACAUCAGAUAAAUCACAAUUACCGAUAUCAUCAGAUAAACCAGAUUUGCUAAUCACUUCAGAGAUACCAGAAUUACCUGUUUCAUCACUCAAACCAGAUUUGUCGGUUGUAUCAAACAAACCACAGGUGCCAAUUACAUCAGAUAAACCACAAUUACCGAUAUCGUCUGAUAAACAAGACUUAACAGUUACUUCAGAGAGAACAGAUUGGACUGCAGCCUCAGACAAACCAGAUUUGCCUGUGGCAUCACUCAAACCAGAUUUGCCAGUUUUAUCCAAUAAACCAAACUGGCCAGUUACAUCAGAUAAAACACAAUUACCAAUAUCAUCUGAUAAACCAGACUUAACAAUUACUUCAGAGAAACCAGAUUUACAUGUGUCAUCACUUAAACCAGAUUUGCCACAUGUAUCAAGUAAACCGGACUGGUCACUUAUUUCAGACAAACCACAAUUACCAAUAUCAUCAGAUAAACCAGAAUUGUCAAUUACUUCAAAGAGACCAGAUUGGACAGCAACCUCAGACAAACCAGAUUUGCCUGUGUCAUCACUCAAACCAGAUUUGCCAACUGUAUCAAACAAAUCAGACUGGCCAGUAACAUCAGAUAAAUCACAAUUACCGAUAUCAUCAGAUAAACCAGAUUUGCUAAUCACUUCAGAGAAACCAGAUUUACCUGUUUCAUCACUCAAACCAGAUUUGUCGGUUGUAUCAAACAAACCACAGGUGCCAAUUACAUCAGAUAAACCACAAUUACCAAUAUGGUCUGAUAAACCGGACUUGUCAAUUACUUCAGAGAGACCAGAUUGGAGAGCAGCCUCAGACAAACCAGAUUUGUCUGUGUCAUCAUUCAAACCAGAUGUACCAGUUGUAUCAAACAAACCAGACUGGCCAGUGGUAUCAAACAAACCAGAUUUGCCCGUUUUAUCACUCAAACCAAACUUGCCAAUUACAUCAGAUAAUCCACAGUUACCAAUAUCUUCAGAUGAACCAUAUUUGUCAACUGCAUCAAGUAAACUAGACCAAUCAAAUACAAACAAUAAUAAUAGCAUUUAUACGAAUGGUGAAAAUGAUGGUUUAAAUAUUGAAUCGACUUCUAUCGUAUCUGAGAGGAAAGAAAAUACAGAUGAUGCGGUAUUAGGGAAUGCGAAGUUAUCACAAACAUCGGGUGUAUUACAAGGAUCAUCUGAUUUACAACUAUUCGACAUUACAGCUCCUGGUCAAAUUCCCUUAAAAGAUUUGACAACAGAAUCUUUAAAUUCCAAUUCAACUUUGCCAAACACGAGACAAAAUGAGGAGGAAGUAUCUGUAACUCCAUCUUCUACUUUAUCAAUCCAAAAUGAUGAAACGGCAUUAAGCAGUACUAAUGAUCAUUCAAAUUUAAGUAACAGCAAGAAUACUGUUACAUCACCACAAUCUUCUCUACUGAAUGAUGAGAUUGGUGUUCUAACUGUUAUUCCAUGUUCCAAUAGUUAUUCAUCGACUUCAAGUGCAACAAAAUGGGAUUCACAAUCAGAUUCAACAUUAACAGAAGUAUCUAGCAGUAAUGCAGCAGUACCUAGUACUACUCAGAAAAUUUAUCAUCCACGGUGGAAGUAUUUAAUUCCAGUUUCUAUAACUGAAAAAUCAUCCGUAGGAACAAGCGAAUCUGUGUCUUCGUCAACUGUCGAUUCUCUAUAUACGACUGUUAAUUUAGAUAAUCCUAACAACGGGAAUGAGAAUCCAGAAGUUGACAGAAAUAUAAGUAAAACAGUGAAGAAAGAACUUUCGACAUUUAACCAAUCAUCUGAUUCUCAUUUGAACAACACCGAUUCAAACUCUAUUGAUAGUGAAAAUUCUAUAGUUUUAUUACCACCCUUCACUAUAGUAGACGAAAUAAUUCCAAAUCUUAAUAUUUCCGGAGGUACUGUUGAAAAUUAUAUAAUAAAAUUUGGCGAUCAAUCUCAAAAUGGUUCUAGUAACGCGGUAAACGUUAGUAAAGAAUCUUCCCAUUCUAAAGGGAAUUCUGAAAGUAUCGUUGAAUGGCAUGAAGCUGAAUCUACAUCUGAUCUCAAACCAAUCGAUACUGCCUCUACAGUUGUCCUGCAAGAUGCUGAUGCAGAAAUAACAACGAUAUGUGUUGACACAAACACUGCUCUUGAUUCGAACAAUAACGAGGAUAUUAUCACUACUCGAGUAAUAUUACCUACGAGUAAUAUUACAACGGAACAGAAAACUCUCAAAACACUCCAAGAUGAAGAAGAACAAGCGGGUGAUCCGAUAAUUGUAACCGAGGAAGAUAAUUUUGCUGGCGUUGUUGAAAAACGUACUCUUAAUUCUGGAGUUGAAGCAGAAAAUACAAAUGUAAGUACAGACGAAGGUACAGUGGAUGAAAGUCAGAUUACAAGUACUGUAUCCAACAUAGAAGCUGCAAACGUAUCAGAAAGUUCGGAUAUAAAUCAAUCGUCUUCAUCUACCUCAAUUAUUAGGUAUACGAACAACGGGACUAUUACUAAAACAAUUGAUAUGAACGAUACCAAUCAAUUACUGGAGCUCCUUCAGGAUAUAUAUCGCCAUUUGCAAUCAUCUUGAAAAUAUGAUUUUUUAAUGAUUUAUUGUCGUUUUCUCACAAGGAUCGACAUGUUUAUAAAUCAUGUAUCAAUAGUAUGAAUUUUAUAAGCGUCAUCGACAUAUAAAAAUAAUAUAAUCUUAGUAUUUCAUAUAUAGUUACGUACAGAAGAGAUAUACUUUGUAUAUUAAAAAAAUAAUUAGAAUUAACAUAUGUACAAUAUCAAUAUAUAAUAUAUCUGAUUUUUUAAUUAAAAAAUAUAUUUAUAUUAAA